AUGAAGCUCAACCUGUUGACGCUCUUGCCACUAGCUGCCGCAGCCGUCCAGACGGUCAAGGCAGCUGCCACACCCCUGCGCCGCGAUGACUGGCCUCACGGUCCCUUCUCCACCGAGGGCAACCAGAUCAAGAACGCCAAUGGCGAGCCCGUUAUCCUCGUCGGAACCAACUGGCCGGGCUCAGGCGAGACCAUGAUCCCCGAAGGCAUCGAGUUCCGCUCCAUCGCCGACAUUGUCAGCAUGAUGAAGUACGUCGGCUACAACUUUGUGCGCCACACCUACCCGAUCCAGAUGGUCGACCAGAUCUACGAGAACAACGGCACCGACAUCACCGUCCAGUCCGCACUGCUGUAUGCCCUCGGCGAGGACAACGGCACCCGCAUCAUGGAGAUGAUCAACAAGAACAACCCGCAGAUCACCAACUCGACCACGCGCUUCGAGGUGCUCUCCAUGAUCGCCGAGGAGGAGAAGAAGCAGGGUAUGCUCAUGCACCUCGACAACCACAUCAGCCGAGCCAUCUGGUGCUGCAGUCACGACGAUGGCAACGCCUGGUUCGACGACGUCGAUUUCAACGUCGAAGACUGGCAUCGCGGCCACAGCUACAUGGCAAACUGGGCCAAGAAGCACUCCAACAUCGUGUCCGUGUCGUUGCGAAACGAGCUGCGCAAGUCGGCGCUCCGUCCGCUCGACUACAACUGGCAGACGUGGUGGGGCAACGUCUCGGCCGCUGCCGAGAACAUCCACGCCACCAACCCUGACCUGCUGAUCACCAUCAGCGGCCUCGACUACGACAUUGACCUAUCGGCACUCACGACGCAGGCCAACCUCCUCGAUGCCCCCUACGUCAACACCGACAUGGACAAGAUCGCCGACGCCGAGUCCAUGCCACCUCAGUACGCCGACAUCGCCAACACCAAGUUCGGCAAGGCCAACAAGGCGGUGCUCGAGCUGCACGCGUACAAGAUGUCGACCUACUACCAGGACCAUCUCGAGGACUGCGACGCCAUUCAGACCGGUCUGUACCGCUUUGGCUUCAAUGCGCUCGGCGAGUCGGCGCGUCCUGAGGCAUGCAACAACUCGACCGACUUUUCCGACCCGUACAGCUGCCCCUCGGCCAAGAUCACGCUGCCCACGCUGCUCACCGAGUUCGGCGAUGCGCAGGACUCGAGCUUUGCCAACGUCACCAUGCAGAAGUGCCUGCGCGACUUUACCACCAAGAACAAGAUCGGCUGGGCACACUGGUCGCUCGCAGGAAGCUACCGCAUCCGCCAGAACGUCGUAUUCAACAACGAUACCUGGGGCCUCACUACGCCGACUUGGAGCGGCUAUCAGAGCCAGGACACCGUGGACAACUUCUUCCGUCCGUGGAUUCAGGACAUGGGCAAGACCAACCUCGAGCUUUGA